UUGGUUUUAUAGUGUAGUCUGUAUGUAUUGUGUUGAUAAUAAAUUAUUUAAUAUAAACCGAUCUUUCUAAGUUAAUUUAAUCGGUAAAAUGGAUUUUAAUAUAGAUGUGAGAAAAAAGCAACUACAAAGUUUAGAUCAAUAUAUAACAUCAUCAAAAGAUAAGGUUCAGUCUAUAUUAGAUUACCUUGGAUGGAAUACAAAAAAAAAUGUUGAAAAUGAACCAGAGGUCAUGUGUUCAGUAAAUCCAGGCCAUAUCGUAGCACUGAAAAAUUCUGAUGUUCAUUUAAAGAAAUGUUUUGUUAAAACUUCAGGCUACCAAAGUGAUGAAGAGUUUCUGUCAGAACCAAUUAAUGAUCCUCAUAUGUCUAUUAAAUUAGAUCACACAAAGAAAAUAGAAAUUUUAAGUAAAGCCCGUCAGAAUAAUCAGAGGUUUAAAGCAGACAUAUAUUUCAUUUCAACCGAUAUGUCACUAUUGAAAAUUAUUUCAUCAUGUAAUAUAAUAAUAUCCUUAUUGAAUAUCCUUUUUAGAAUAUCCUUUUUAUUAGACUUAAGGAAUGCAUGUAGCUUAAGAGAGGUAGCCAGGGUAUCAUUUUUGAAAUACUAUGCUUUUGUCAACUAUUCAUGGAAGAUACUAACAAAAAAAAAUAAGGAAAUGGUGGUUGUUGAAAAGUGGAAAUCGAUGUACUUAGAGCUUAUAUUUCUGCAACAUGGAAUAUUUUUUGAUCCUGCCUGGAAAAUCUGCAUAUAUCAGGAAAUUAUUUUAUCAAAAUAUAGUAUACACCUAGCAUGGAAUGGUCAAGAUUCUGAUCCAAUGACAUCAGAUAGGUUAUUUACAACUUUUUCUGCUGAUGAACGUUUAGUAUUGUAUGAUUAUUGUGUACAAAAUACUGAACAUCCUCCAAUACCCAGUGAGUUUAACAUACAAAUACAAGAUAAGAAAGAAGAAAAGUUUCUUACACAGGAAGAGUUAUUAGCGAAAGAAAGAGAUGCUAAACGUCGUAGAAUAAAAUAUAAAUCAGUACACACCAGCCGCAGUAAAAAAUAUACUGAAGUUAUUAAGGAAGUUAUUGACAAUCAGAUGGAACAGUACAAAGAUUACCUAGCAAGCAAAAUGGAGGUAACUUCAAGCCAAACAAGUCCUAGUGCUAAUCAAGUUAAGGAACAAGAUUCAUAUCAUACCAGCACUGACAUAGAUAUUUUAACAAAAGAAAAUAUGAAUGAUAUCGAAAGACCUAGUUCAUCUAUCAGUCAUUACAGUAAUCAUUCAGGCAGUUCAAGGAGUAAAAAGGAGUAUAAGUAUGAAAAAUUGUACAAGAACCACAAUCAUGAUUCUGAUUGUAGAAGGAAUUAUAAAGAAUAUGACAAGAAACAUGACUAUAGCAAUAAAUAUGAUCACGGUUCAUAUAAAGAAAAUAGGAGACACAAAGACUUUGAAGAUGAUUACAGACAUUCAAGAGAUAAAAGAGGAUGGUAUAAAUCAGAAAGGAGGCAUUGAUAUUACCUAGUGCAUUGUUAUUUAUCUAAAGUAUAUUUUUUUAAUAAAUAAAGUUUAAGUUAUCCCUUUUUAA